UGCGGUUCACUUGAGCUAAAUUGCUUCGAUGUGUGGAAUCAGUUGACAACGCGACCUCAAAGUGUGCGCAGUGCAGUGAAAAGAUCAAAUUAUCGUCGACAAUGUCCCCGAAGCAGACAGAGCUUAAGUCGGACGAGAAGCAGAAGUCGAAGGAGGAGUGGGGCAACGGCUUGGAAUUUCUCUUCUCCUGCAUCUCAUUGUCUGUGGGCCUGGGCAACAUUUGGCGCUUUCCCUACAUUGCCUUUCAGAAUGGCGGCGGCACCUUCGUAAUACCCUAUUUGAUAGCACUCUUGGUCAUCGGACGACCCGUUUACUACUUGGAGAUCUUGCUGGGCCAGUUUCGUGGCGGCGGCGCACUGCGCGCCUUCGAUCUGGCACCGCUGCUCAAGGGCGUGGCUGCCGGCCAGGUGCUGGCCACAGGCGCCUCCAUCACCUACUAUUCGAGCAUCAUGGCCCUAACGUUGCGUUUCCUGCUGGCCUCGUUCAGCGCCGAGCUGCCCUGGAGCAGCUGCCGGCCGAGCUGGGGCAGCGACUGCCACGAUGUGAGCGCGGCGAACGCCAGUGGCAAAAUGUCACCAGCUCAGCUGUAUUUUGAACGUGAAAUCCUCCAUGAGCUGCCCAACUUGGAUGAUGGCGUGGGCGUGCCCAAUUGGCAGCUCGUCGCCUGCUUGGCUGUGGCCUGGCUCAUCAUUGGCGCCGUGCUCAUACGUGGCAUCAAGAGCAGCGGCAAGGCCGCCUACUUUCUGGGCGUGUUUCCGUAUGUGGUGCUGCUGGUGCUGCUGUUGCGUGCCGUGACGCUGCCCGGCGCCUGGUCUGGCAUUGUUUACUUCUUCAAGCCACAGUGGAAGGAGCUGCUCAAUCCGCUGGUGUGGUAUGCAGCUGUUACCCAGGUCUUCUUCUCGCUGGCCAUUUGCUUUGGCACCGUGAUUACGUACGCCUCCUAUAACAAUUUCCAUCGCAAUGUGUACAACGACAUUGUUAUCAUCACAACAAUGGACUCGUGCUCCUCGAUAAUUGCCGGCUGCAUUACGUUUGGCAUUCUCGGCAAUUUGGCCAAACAGACGGGCAUCACGGACAUUGGCAGCGUGGUGAAGGGCGGCACUGGCCUGGCCUUCAUCUCGUAUCCGGAGGCGAUUGCCAAAUUUGAGUAUGUGCCACAGAUGUUCGCGGUCCUUUUCUUUCUGAUGCUAUUCGUCCUAGGCAUUGGCAGCACCGUCGGCAUGGGCUCCUGCAUCUUACGCGUCAUCCGCGACCAAUUUGGCAAACGUGCCGGCCCCAGCUGGGCCCUCGCUGGCGCUCUCGUUGCACUCGGCUUUGGCGUGAGCAUCGUCUAUGUGACGCCCGGCGGGCAGUUUAUAGUCAAUCUGAUCGAUUUCUAUGGCGUCUCCUUUACCGCUCUCAUACUUGCCAUCGGCGAGCUGUUGGCCGUGGCCUGGUUCUACGGCGUGCGUCGCUUCUGCGCGGAUAUCAAAUUCAUGAUGGGCAUCGAAACGGGCUGGUAUUGGCGCUUGUGCUGGGCUUACAUUACGCCCGGCCUGAUGGCCGCCGUGCUGCUCUACACGCUGCUCAACAUGGAGGAAUUGACAUACAAAGGCGUGCCAUAUCCACGUAUAGCAAACGUCUUUGGCUACAUCUUGGCUGCCUUGGGCCUGUUGCAGCUGCCGGGCUGGGCUUUCUAUGCCUACUACAAACAGCGUAAAAAUGGCAGCACUUUUUGGGAGCGUCUUUGCGCGGCCAGCCGACCAGCCGAGUCCUGGGCCCCAGCCAUUGCACAGCUGCCGCAGCAGCAAUAGCAGCAUUUGCCAUCGGCUGACGUUGCGUAUACGUAAUGUGUUUAGAGCAUGUGUCAAGUGCUUAUGGAAGUGUUUAAAGCACGAAAAAUGCAAUCUUUUGACACUGUCCAAAAAGAAAAGAAA